CACGAGUGGCCAAAGCUUAAAUACAGGAGUGUAGUUACGUGAGCCUGCACGUGACUACGAGUAUGUAGUUGCCAUGUAAUAUAUGCUUCCAAAAAAGAAAGAAUUGCGUGGUCCUCUAUGCUAUACGUACGAUUUUACUCGUAUGUACGGGUCAACUUUUCGAAAAGGACAGAAAAUCGAACGAAUUCUACCCAAAAGCUCAAAAACAGCCAUGUCUAAUAUCCCUGAACUCUACCAGAGUACCUAGCCUAAUGCUAGUAACCAAGGCCUCCCAAUAGUACCGUAUAUAUGUAUUCGAUAUGCAGGGAGCGCAGGAGAGGAGCAGGGAGCUCAGGAGGAGGAGGAGAAGGCUGUCGAUAAGCUAAGGAGGCUGUUCGAUGGCAGGAGGAUGGUAGUCGAGGCUGUACAAAGCGUACAGGGAUGUCAAGUUGAGAAGGAGGCUAUUGCGAUGUUUAUGUAUGCUAUGGUUGAUAUGGAGGUCGUUUAUGGUGCGGAAGUAUCGGGAGGGCAGUAUCGGUCGCGAUUGCUGGAGGGCGAGUAUAGUGCUCCGAUUCAGACGAUAAUUAUCGUACGGAUGGCGAUAACUGAAAAUCGAUUUGUUUAUCAAAUAGAACGCUUAAUUAAGAGGUCUAAUUGAAAGGCAUGGCGAUACCGUAGAGGUAUUGACGAUUUCCAGUCGAUGAUUUAAUUAAGAGAUCGACUGGUUGGAGCAGAGCUUUGGAGGGCUUGCUGGGGGAGGUAUGGAGGAAUUCGCAGGUAAUCAAGAG